UACAUUGUCAGUAUUUCUGAAAUUCAAAACUAGCUUAGCUCCAAAUGUGAAUCCAGCAAGGACAUGCUUUCUUUGUGUUCUUUUUUCAUCAAUGUCAUGACUUGCAUGCUCACAUUUUAUGGGGCUUACUACCCUUAGACCUUAGUCUCGUGAACCAACAGGGUCCCAACCAUACCCUUUUUGAUGUUCAUUUUGUCCAUACCAACAACAAAGGAACAAAUUUCCAAAUAAAUCAUACACAAACUAGCAGCUUCCUCUGUAUCUAACCUUUUAUCCACCCUUUCCAAAUUACUACCUUCUUUCCAAGCUGUAUUUUGGUGGGAAAAACAAACUACAUUUACUGCAUUUUAGUUUGCAGUUGACUUGUUUUUGCAUGAUAGGCAUAAAUAAUGUCAUAGUCAUCAUAAUUGCCUUUAUUGUAGACAGCAAAGAAUGAACAAAGAAUAGAGAUAAAGUAACAAAAGAAAGAGAUAGAUAAGAGCAUACUUUAGUUGUUUAUAUAUAGACUCUAACUACUUAUAAUUUGGAAGGCAUCACAAUAUUCACCAGUUAGACUAUACUCAUAGAUAAGAGUCCUUUUCUUGAGAGAACAAACAUUAGAAUUAUGUCUUGGUUUCUUGUGAUAUUGUUACUUAGUCAAAUAUGUGGUUGUUGUCUUUCUGAGGCUGGCCAUGACAAGAAACCUUCCUCAGCUGUUGUGGUUGGCACUGUUUAUUGUGACACAUGUUUUCAACAGGAUUUCUCCAUGGGUAGCCAUUUCAUUUCAGGUGCAUCAGUUGCUGUAGAAUGCAAAGAUGGGAUCACAGAACCAAAAUUCAGGAAAGAAGUGAAGACAAAUGAUGCCGGAGAAUUCAGAGUUGAACUACCUUUCUCAGUGAGCAAACAUGUGAGAAGGAUCAAAGGGUGCAGUGUGAAACUUGUAAGUAGCAGUGAGCCUUAUUGUGCUGUGGCCUCAGCAGCAACUUCAUCUUCGAUACGCCUCAAAUCAAGGAAGCAAGGAUUACACAUAUUCUCUGCUGGUUUCUUCUCAUUCAAGCCUCUUAAACUACCAAACCUAUGCAACCAAAAACCAAGUCUUCAAAACACAAACAAAAACGUUCUUGGUUCUGUCAAAGAAUUCUUUCUUCCUCCAAAUAUUGACCCUUCAUUUCCAUCUCCAUCUCAAGAUCCAAGCACACCUGGUUCUUUUCUUCCUAUUCUUCCUCCCCUCCCUACACUACCUAAGCUUCCAUCAUUGCCACCCUUGCCGCCUCUUCCGGGAAUAUCAACACCAAGGCCAGAUAAGACUAAAACUUCUAGAAACGUCGAGUCUUUAUAUCAGAAAUUGGCUGCACCAGAAGACUUUAUUUUACCUCCUAACCCACUUCUACCACCUCCUACUGAUUCCAACCCAUUUCAAUCACCACCAUUGAUCCCCAACCCAUUUCCUAACCCGUUGCAGCCACCGGCUUCCCCACGUUUCCCCAACCCAUUUCAACCUCCACAAUCACCAUUCUUUUCACCGCCACCAGUGCCAGGUUUUACUACUCCAUCACCCUUUCCUUUCUUUCCAUUGCCCCCUUCACCUAGCAUCCCUGGCGCACCACCUGCUUCAUCUACAAAGGAUGCAUCUCCUUAAUUGGACAUAUAUAUAGCAGCUCAGCUACUCAUGCAAUCAUGCAAAAUUUCUUUAUAAAUAACUCCUUCCACAUGAUCUCUCCUCAUUUUAAUUUCUAUAUGGACAAUGGUUAUAUGAAUAAUAUAUAUAUAUAUUGACAA